GUAUACAAAUACCUCCCGAGUUGGAUAAUAAGCAUAGUAAUGAAGAGGUGCAGAAGAAGAGGGAGGAGAAGUGGGGUCCGAGACCUCAGCCAGCAGAACCACCGAAAAAAGAUGAUGAUGGUGAUAGUCGCUAUAACGAAUUGUGCUGCAUGUAUAUCGGAGGCUCAAUGCAGCCGCCCUUUGAGAAGUGUCUCGGCCGCCGGAAGUAG